AUUUAUUAUAUAUUAUUAACAAUGAUGUUUUUACGUCGAGGUUUUACUCAACAUUUGGUUAGAUCUACUGUUCGUUUACAAAGAUAUCAAACUCAUUCACUUCCUAUAUCUACCAUAAUAACAAGAAGAGGAUUUUCUGCUACUAAUAUUAUAAAAGAUCGUUUGACGGAUGCUGAACAACAAAUGAAUCUUGGUACUGAACAACUCAAUCAAGGAUCUCUCGACAUGGCCAUGAAUCACUAUCACCGAUCUGUUCAACUUGUUCCUACACCUGCUGGCUUCUUCAAUAUUGGUGUAUGUUAUUUUCAAAUGGGUAAACAUAAAGAUGCAAUUCAAUCAUUUGAAAAGGCUUUACAACUGGAUCCCAAUGCUGCCGAUGCUCAUACCAACAUUGCUUCGUGUUAUUUGAUGUUGAGUGACGUUCAACCCGCUAUUGUUCACUUGGAAAAGGCAUCGAACUUUAAUCCUUUGGAUGGUGAAAUUCACUAUAAUUUAGGUUGUGUCUAUGAAGCUACUGGAAAACUCGAUGAUGCAAGGACAAGAUUCGAACGCGCUAGAGAUUUGGGUAUCUCACAAGCAACUGCUGCUUUGGACAAAUUGAAUAAGAAAAUGGGCAAUUAGGAUUGAUUCAUAUUUUCCCUUUUCUUCAUACAUCUACUUUAGUAUAUAGAUUGAUUCCCCUCUUUUUCUUUUUCCCUACUCUAUCCCUUUACUUUUGUUUUGAUGUAUUACAAAUAAUAAUUAUAAUAAUAAAAAUGAUGAAAAACUUUACAAGAUUGA